CCUCACUUCCUGAUUAAAGAUGGCGGAUGAGAAUGAGACAGCACCGCAGCUGGAGAAAGAAACUGAGGUAGAAGAUGAUCAUGGACAUUGCAGCAAUUGUGAAAAUGAAGAGCAUCAUUCUGAUGAUGGAGAGAAGGGUGACACAGGUGCCAAGAAGAAGAAAAAGAAACAAAAGAAAAAGAACAAGGACAAGGCUGGAGGAAAAGAUGUAGCACAGGAUCCGUUGGCCAAAGUCAACUCCCUCCCUGCUGAUAAGUUGCAGGAGAUCCAGAAGGCCAUUGAGCUGUUCUCAGUGGGACAAGGUCCAGCUAAAACCAUGGAGGAGGCCACGCGUCGCAGUUAUCAGUUCUGGGACACUCAGCCUGUUCCUAAACUUGGAGAGACUGUGACAUCACAUGGCUGGAUCGAGGCCGAUAAAGAUAACAUACGAGAGGAACCGUACAGCCUACCUCAGGGCUUCAGCUGGGACGCUCUCGAUUUGGGAAAUUCUGCCGUGCUGAAAGAGUUGUACACUCUCCUCAACGAGAACUAUGUGGAGGAUGAUGACAAUAUGUUUCGAUUUGAUUACUCUCCUGAAUUUCUGCUCUGGGCUCUGCGUCCUCCAGGUUGGUUGCCUCAGUGGCAUUGUGGAGUGAGAGUGAACUCUAAUCAAAAGCUAGUUGGUUUCAUCAGUGCCAUUCCAGCCAACAUCCGCAUCUACGACAUAGAGAAGAAGAUGGUGGAGAUCAACUUUCUGUGUGUGCAUAAGAAACUUCGCUCGAAACGAGUGGCUCCGGUACUCAUCAGGGAGAUCACAAGACGGGUCAAUCUGGAGGGCAUCUUUCAGGCUGUGUACACCGCAGGUGUUGUGCUGCCUAAACCUGUGGGCACCUGCAGAUACUGGCACCGGUCUUUGAACCCACGAAAGCUGAUUGAGGUGAAGUUCUCUCAUCUGAGUCGGAACAUGACUAUGCAACGCACAAUGAAGCUCUACCGACUGCCAGAGACUCCUAAGACUUCAGGCCUGAGGCCGAUGACUGUAAAGGACGUCCCAGCGGUUCACCGCCUGCUGAAUGAGUACCUGAGUCAGUUCAACCUGGUUCCUGUCAUGAGCCCUGAGGAGGUCCAGCACUGGCUGCUUCCUCAGGAGAACAUCAUCGACACCUAUAUAGUGGAGAGUUCAGAUGGGAAGGUGACUGACAUUCUGAGUUUCUACACUCUGCCGUCCACCAUCAUGAACCAUCCUGUGCAUCGCAGUCUGAAGGCAGCGUACUCUUUCUAUAAUGUACACACCUCCACCACCCUGCUGGACCUGAUGGGAGACGCUCUGAUUCUCGCCAAGUCGAAAGGAUUUGAUGUCUUUAAUGCACUGGACCUAAUGGAGAACAAGACGUUUUUGGAGAAGCUCAAGUUUGGCAUUGGAGAUGGAAACCUGCAGUAUUACCUCUACAAUUGGAAAUGUCCCAGCAUGGGCUCAGAAAAGGUGGGUUUGGUUCUGCAGUGACCCAUUUCACCAUCCACGACCUCUGUCUCGCAUGACAGCGAGGCUGAUUGAUGACAUCACGCACUGACCACCUGACAGAUACCAGUGGACUUCCUGGUUUAGGAAGGAGUAUUCACCGCUCAUUUUUAAGUUUGAACUUUGACCUUUUGGACCUGCACUACUGCUGCCAGACUGAGAAGAUUUUCUUCUCUUUCCUCCUUUUUUUUUCUCUCUCCCUUUCCCUCACUUAUCUUCUUAUUCUCUCUCUGCGCAUGGACCUAAAGCCAUUGUAGUUACCAUCAUCAGAGAUGAGGAACCUUAAUCUGUUCUGAUUGUUAACAAAGGUGCGCACACACACACGCUGAUUUGUAAUUACCAUGUUCAUGAUGAACCCAGAUGCAUAAGUGUCACGCUAAUUGCAUCGGUAGAUUCAACUCGUUCAGUAUAAAGUGAUUUUAAUCUCCCUAUCUAAUGGGAGGUGCUUUUUUUUUGCAAAAAAAACAAACAAAAAAAACAGGAUGAAAAUGUUAAUUUCCUCAGUGUUUAAGAAAAGAACAUGCAACAAUCAAAGACACAUGAAAGUUCCUAGAAAACAGCCAAUGAGAUAAUAAAAAUCCCAAGUGGACAUGACAAGGGCUGCUGUCAAUGAUUUUCCUGUGGUCAUUCUCUCCUUCGCACAUCUUAAACAGUUUUUUGCCAUGGAAGCCUCGUCUCUAUUUUCUUUUGACAAACGUUGACCAACUGAUGGAUGCGGUACGCAGUGAGUGAGAUCUUUUUGUCUUGGUUUUGCUUUGUUAUUGCUUUUAAUUUGUUCUCUCUAAUCAGUUUAUUGCUUAUUUGUCUCUAAUUGCCUGUGAUCCUCUUUCACGGUUUUGCCAACAGAAAAGCACCUGUGUAAAUAAACGAGGAAGCAAUGAGAAAUACCAUAAUCGAUCCACAAUUUGACGGUGGUUGGGACUACAAUUAACACGUGGCAGAUAGCGGGUUCAUCAUAAAUUAGCAAUAAUAACGGUGUUUUUGAGGAAACCGUUUUGAACGGAGGGGUGUGGGAACUGAGAUGCGUUAAAAAUGAAAUGAUUUGUCUUGUGGAUGAUAGAUUAUGCCUGCUCAUAAAGUUGUACAGCUCUAAAAGUAUUGGAGAAUAUACUGAUUGUGGUGUAAGCAUAUGCCCUAACUUUUAUUUAUCACAUGAUCUGUCCAACACAUGGAAUUAGAUCAAAGCAGUACAACUAGGGAUGCACGAUGAUAUCGGGACAGCAUGUAUCGGCCGAUAAAAGCUUAAAAUUACUAUCAGAUAUGAAUAUCACUGCCGAUGAGCCAUGCCACUAUGUGGCGUGUUUCCUGUCCGCACGUGACGGCCGUGAACGAGGCAUGAGCGCCAACAACUUAAACUUCCAACUAGGGGUGUGCGAUAAUCACGGUUUUGUGAUCGUGUACUAUUAAAAUGUCUCCACGAUCUGCUUUUGAAGGAAAAUCAUAGUGUCGUGCAUUCUAUCAGUUCAAUUGUGGCGCUUUCAUCACAACAUACUGUACAACGCGACGUUCACUCACAUGACACGUGUAAACGCAGAGGUAGAGUUUCACUCACGGGACACUGCAAUUCACAAAAGUUCAUUAUUUGCGUGUGUGUCUUGCUAGUCAAACAUGUCAUUCACGUUCUGAUGCGCUGUUCUAACGUGCAUUUCUGAGCGCGUAGGUUACGUUAACGUUACACCCGACGCUCACAAAUCCUAUACUGUACUAAGUUACCUUUCGAGUCUUAUUGCGCUAAUACUGUCAAAUACACUCAAGGUUUGCAUUAAGUUGUUUGUCUAAAGUGAAAUCAAACUAAGAAAAUCUGCUUGUCAAAUGCGUUAUUAGAUGCUUCACGUGCAGCUCUUAAAGGGACGGUAUCUAUAAUAUGCCUUUAAAGAGAUACUGCACCCAGAAAUAAAAGUUCUGUCAUUAUUUACUCCGUAACCUGUAUUCAUUUCUUACUUGUGCUUAAAUGUACUAUGGAAGUCACUGGAGUACAGCAACUGUUUGGUUAGCCACAUUCUUCCAAAUAACUUUUAUUUUUAAAGGCGUUUAUUUGGGUUUAAAACUUGAGAGAGUAAAUGACAAUUACAAUUUUUGGGAGAACUAUCCCUUUAAUGUUAAUAAAACAACAAAACACAAAGAGGAAAUCACUCACUGCUCUUGACUGGGAACUUUAAUAGAAGCUUUAAUAGGCCUAAGCUUUUUUAACACACAAAACAAAUACAUCGGUAUCGGCAUCAGGCAAAAUUAGUUUGAAAAUAUCGGCCAAAAUCCAAUAUCUGGCAUCCCCAUGUACAACCUUAUGAGUAAUUGGCAGUAUCUACGUAAAAUUGUGGUUUUGAACACAGUAUGUAAUUUGAGGAAGCAGGUUGUGGAAAAUACAAUGGAAGCAACUGAAAACGGGUCUUUAGGUUUUUAUGAUGGAGUGAAAGAUAUCAACGUGUAUUAUUAUAAUUUUUUUUUUUGUGCUAAAUAAAAACUAGCAGCUGCUGUGAA